AUGCCACCAGUCCUGAUUCUCCUGACCUUGUUUCUGCCACUUGGAGCUGAGGAGAUCAUCGGGGGCCAUGAGGUCAAACCCCACUCCCGCCCCUACAUGGCUUAUGUUACAUUUCUGGAUGAUGGUAAGAUGAUGCUCUGUGGAGGGUUCCUGGUGAAAGACAAUUUCGUGCUGACAGCUGCUCACUGCCUAGGAAGACAAGAGGCUGUAUUGAUCAUCCAGGAUGACCAGAAAUGCAAACUCCGCUUCCACCGCUAUAUCAAGACCAUUCAGAUUUGUGCUGGAGACCCAAAGGAAAUACAGGCUGCUUUCAAGGGUGACUCUGGAGGACCUCUCGUAUGUGACAACAGAGCUUAUGGAGUUUUAGCCUAUGUGAAAAACAAGACCAUCGCUCCAGGAAUCUUCACUAAGGUCGUGUCCUUCCUGCAGUGGAUAAGAAGAAGCAUGAAGCCUUCUAACAGGUGCUAA